AUGCCGUACAAAAGACGAAGCGGAAUUGCCAGUCGAGACAAUCUGAAAAAGAGACAAAUUAGAAAUGGCGAAGAAAUGUCGAACGUGGAUCACAGCACGACGGACGUGUCGAGUGUGAAUGGUGACAAUGAGAACAUGAAUUCGGAGUCGGUAAGUAAGCAGCUACUAUUAUAGGGGCACCGCACAGAAAUGGCGCUCUGUUGAGAAAGUCUUUUUGCAGUGCAAAUUGAGCGACCUCGGGCCGUGUUUGAAAAGUUACGCCACGUUUUCAGUGAGAAAAUUACUUCGCGGUUACAAUUACAUUCGGCCAGGUUGCGAACAGCGCGCUCUUUCUAUCCGGUGCCCCUAUAGACAUAACUUUUGAGAGAUAAUUUAGCAGUCUUCUUCACUAAUUGUCAACGAUUCGUGGACGCAAGAAGACGGAAGGCUCAAACUAUUGUCAGCUUGUCGAGGAAAAAGUGAUACACGUGGAAAAAGGCCGUUCGUCGUCAAUUGCGCUCCAUUUGCCACGAAGGUGCAGAUAGUUUAGCGACUUGUGUGCUGUAAAUUAAUAUUUCAGAGAAAAUGGAACGAGAAGCGGACUAAUCUGGAUGAUCGAAGGAUUCGGCCCCGUGACCGCAGAAAACCGCCGUUCGCCGUCGAUUCUUUUCCACAAUGCUGGAAGGUAAUUAAUCAGAUGUCCAUUUUUUCUGAAAAAUACUGUUCAGAGAAGAUUGGUCGAUACUGAUGGACCACACACAGACGCUGAUCACUCGCCAUUCUCAAUCGUGAUGGAUGAUGCGCGCGAACAUCAUGGGAAACAAAACGGGAAUACAUGUGGAAUCAGCCCGUCGUACACGGACGUUGUCCGAGAACUAACUCAAAAAACUGACGAACUCGAGGUUUUCUCGGUAGAAAUGGAAAUGAUAAAAAAUGAAAACAUUGAAAUACGUCUGCGAGUGACAAGAAUAGAACACGACAACGAAUCCAUACGGAGGAAUAUAUCGAAAGUUUCCGCCGAAAAAGAUAGUAUUCAUCGGAACUGGAGGCGCACAGUCGGCAAAGCGGGACACGUAAAGUCAACGAAAUUGAAGUGGUCCGGACAUCCGCUACGUGCGCGGAAAUGUUACAGUGAAAUUCGCAACACGGCUUCCAAGUUUAACCGAACUAAACUGGCUCUGAAGUGCCUCCAAGAAAUCGCCAAGGAAAAGGACAUUAAUUUGUUUCUCGUGGACAUCCUGAAAUUCACCGAAACGUGUUCUCAUCAGUCCUUCAAACUCAAACUGACUGUCGCACAAAGCAUUCAUCUGAAAACCUGCACGUCGAUAAGCUUCCGCCAGAUCGAAACGAUGAAGAAAGUGUUAAAAAGUACGAUAGGCUUGGACUUUUUCCCCAAUGUUAAAGAAAUCCGGAAGGUGGCGAGAAGUCAGUCGCUUAUCCAGCAUUUUCAAGGUGAUCACAUUGACUAUCCAUCUUUUCUAUCUUGAAAUUAUUGUUUUCAGCUCGCACGGUGGUCAAUUCUGAUGGAGAAGAAGUGGAUGCGAUCUUGUGCAACAAUAUUUUCGUAAUCAUCCGUCAUUUCCUUGAGAAAAUGCACAAACAGCUCAUUUUUGACGAAUAUUCUGGUGAAAACAUUGUUCUCGGAUUGGGAGGCGAUUGCGGCGGAGGAACAACAAAGUUCUGCGUAAUUUUCGGAAACCUGGCUCACCCGAACAAUACGGAUCACAUCUUGACCGUCGCGGUGUAUGAUGGCGCGGACACCUAUGAAAAUAUGCAGCUGAUUUUGAAACCGCUAUUUGAACAAAUAAAUCGAUUGAACAAGAUCACGUACACCGAAAAUGGAGUUGAGAAGACUCGUCCAGUUCGCCAACUAGUAACAGGAGAUUUUAAGUUUAUUUCGGAGAUGCUGAGUCACAUGAAGCAAUCCGCGAGAUAUUUCUGCAGCUUCUGUGAAUCCGAGAAUCCGAGGAAUUCGAAGCAAACUAUUGGAAAACUGAGACCUGCUGAUAGAAGCACGAUGCGUACGUUGUCUACGUACAUGAAGUACAGUAAGAGUGGAGAGAAAGGUGUGAAAAAAGGACUCGGACCCCUUCUGAUGUCGGUCCUUCUUAUCAACUACUUGCCCGGAAUGCUCCAUAUGUUUCUCGGUCUUUUCGACCGUUACAUUCUUCGAUAUCUCUGGAUUUUCGCAGUUACGGCGGAUAAUACGACGGAGUUUGCCGUUGUGAAUGAUCGGAAAAACACGUUGAAAGCUGCGAAUGAGAAGAUCACGAAGGCCCACCAAGCCUGGAAAGAAGCGCCUGACGGAAAGAAGAAGGAAUUCCGGUUGAGGUUGGAUAAUCUGAAGAAAGAAAAGGAUAAAUUUGACAACAUCGUGAACGGCGCAACAAACGGACUUCUCAGACAAUUAGAAUUCAAUUGGGAACGCCUUGGAGCAUCUCGCCGCGCCUUCUUCCAAUCCUUCAACGGAAACCAAGUACGCCGAAUUCUGACCGCCAACGGAAUUGAGGCCACGUUCGCGGUAUUCGACGGUCGAAUGACAUCCAAAUUGGAAACUUUGAGAAAAUCUAUGGAAAACUUGGGAGUGCUCAUGUCGUUGUCUGGAAAUCGCCUUCUCAACCAAACUGAUCUUCGAGCAAUCCGAGAAAACGCGUGGAACUUCGCAUUCAAUCUGGCGGAAUCGUUCCCAGAAGAAAGUGUGACCCAAAAACUGCACAUACUGCUCUUCCACGUGCCUGGCGUUUCUGAGCAACAGAAAACGCUGGGCAAAAUCAAUGAACAAGGAAUUGAGGCGAAGCACGCACAGUUCAAUCGCCUCGAGAGGAGACUGUCAUCGUUCAGAAGUAAAAAAGAACGAUGGCUGCAUGUGGCCCAAGAACUACUUUGUUCAAAUCUUCUGUCUAUUGAAAGCGAUGAAAUAGUGAGUUUGUUUCAUUUUUUACAUUUUUCAUCUGAACAAAUUUCAGUGA